GCAAACGUGGUGCACAUAGAACCCGAACUUCAAAUUCAGUCUUUCAAUCCAUAUCUGCCACAGGAACUACUUAAUCAUCGUAAUGGCCAACAAAAAGAAUCUGCUGUUGCUCUUCGAUCGUCCUAACGAGCCCAUUUUCGUGCAGAAGGGGAAAGACGCAGUGUUCGAUUUGCCUGAAAAAUUUCUCACUGAUCGAUAUAGUUCCAUUGGUGAGUUACUGCAAAAUCGGUUUGGUGAACAAGCGGAGCGACGCAUUCCUGUGAAGGAUAUAUCCAUUCCAGAUUUACGUAUCCCCCUGUCACUAGCGCGAGAUGCACAAUUUUCUCUUUUCAUUCCGGCUCAUCGUCGUAUUGCUGGUCGCCUGAUUGAUAUUUUCAUGGGUGUGCAUUCCAUUGGCGAUCUUCAGAGUGUUGCUGUUUAUGCUCGCGAUCGUUUGAAUCCGUAUUUGUUCAAUUAUGCACUGUCGGUGGCGCUGCUACAUCGUAAGGACACCAAAGGGCUGAACAUUCCAUCCAUUGUACAGAGCUUCCCCUGCAAGUUCAUGGACUCCCGCGUUCUUCGCCAGAUUCGAGAAGAAGUCUUCAUUGUUCCUGAGGGAUCACGUAUGCCAAUUAUUAUUCCAAGCGAUUACUCUGCUUCCGACUUAGAUCCCGAACAUCGGCUUUGGUAUUUCCGUGAAGAUCUUGGCAUCAAUCUCCAUCAUUGGCAUUGGCAUUUGGUGUAUCCCUUUGAAGCCGGCGAUCGUGGUAUUGUGAACAAAGAUCGUCGUGGCGAACUCUUCUACUACAUGCAUGAACAAAUAUUGGCUCGGUAUAACUUGGAACGCUUCAGCAAUAAUCUGGCUCGAGUUUUGCGUUUCAACAACUUGCGCGAUCCCAUAGAGGAAGCGUAUUUCCCCAAAAUGGACUCAUUGGUGGCUAGUCGCUCUUGGCCACCACGAUUUAAAGAUACAAAAUUGUCAGACCUAAACCGACCAGUGGAUCAAAUUCAACUUGAUGUAAGUGAUUUGGAGCGCUGGAGCGAUCGUAUAUUUAGUGCUAUAGCGCAAGGCUUUGUCACUGAUGAAAGUGGCAAUCAGGUACCACUGGACGAAGUUCGUGGCAUUGAUAUUUUGGGCAACCUGAUUGAAUCAUCUAUUCUUUCUCCAAACCAGAGUUUGUAUGGUGAUUUACACAAUAUGGGCCACGUGUUCAUUUCAUACUCUCACGAUCCCGAUCAUUCUUAUUUGGAGUCCUUUGGCGUAAUGGGGGAUUCCACCACUUCCAUGCGAGACCCCGCUUUCUACAGAUGGCACGCAUACAUCGACAGUAUCUUCCAGGAACACAAAACUCGUCUCACGCCAUACUCUCUAUUCGAGCUCAAUUACACGGAUGUAUCUAUCACUGGUGUACAAGUAUCUUCUAAACAAUGUAAAGCAAAUGUUCUUCAAACUUUCUGGCAACAAUCAGAUGUAGAUCUAUCACGUGGAAUGGACUUUGUGCCACGUGGCGAUGUGUUUGCUCGCUUCACUCAUCUUCAACAUAUCCCAUUCACCUACACAAUCAACAUCAAUAACCACGGUGGUGCUCAACGUUAUGGUACAGUACGGAUCUUCUUGGGACCGAAAAGAGAUGAGACCCAUAAGGAAAUGCUUUUCAAAGAUCAACGUUUGCUGAUGGUAGAAUUAGACAAAUUUGUUGUCUCUCUAAACCCUGGCCAAAAUACCAUUCGACGACGAUCUUCUGAGUCCAGUGUUACCAUUCCCUUCGAGCAAACCUUCCGCAAUGUAGACAAAAACCGACCGGGAGAAGGUAGCCCCGAAGAAUUAGAAUUCAACUUCUGUGGUUGUGGAUGGCCUGAUCAUAUGCUUAUCCCGAAAGGUUUGCCCGACGGUCUUUGCUGCGAAUUGUUUGUUAUGGUAUCCGAUUAUGAUCAGGAUAGGAUCGAUGAACCGUCCGGAGGUGCGUGCAAAGAUGCGCCAUCUUACUGUGGCUUGCGUGAUCGUCGCUAUCCAGACCGUCGUGCUAUGGGGUAUCCAUUUGACCGCCUCGCUCGCUCAGAUGUUGACAACCUUGCCCAAUUCCUGACUCCGAAUAUGAGCGUCGUAGAUGUGGUAGUGCGUCACGACAAAGGCACUGAAAAACAGAAAUGCUAACCCAUUUGCUUGAACGACUGUGGACUAAUGAAACAUAUGUAUAUACGUAUGUAUCAAGCAUAUGUAUGUAUAUACGUACAAUAAUUAAUUUCAAAAUAUUCUGCACACUUUGCUGUAUAUGUAUGUGUGCAUCUACUAAAAACAAAAUAAAAUCUCACUUG